UGUGAUCCUGGCCCUAUGUUUAAGCCAGAGCAUUAUUAUCUGGGAGAUUGGGCACCAAAUUGGUUUCCAUGGAAAGAAGUGUUCCUAAUGCCCGAGCAGUGGCAUGCUUUAGCCUUUGGUUUGUUUGCAUCGAUAAUCGCACCAUUUGGUGGAUUUUUCGCAAGUGGCUUCAAGAGGGCUUUUAAAAUAAAGGAUUUUGGCGACAGUAUACCUGGGCAUGGUGGAAUCACUGACCGAAUGGACUGUCAAAUGGUUAUGGCAGUUUUUGCAUACAUAUACCACCAAUCGUUCAUCUCGCCCCACAAUUUCUCUGUUGACGCAAUCUUGGAUCAGAUCUUAAGAAACCUGACAUACGAGGAGCAGAGAAACUUGUAUGAGCAACUCGGGGAGAUGUUGGGCAACUUAUGCAAAGCUGAUAAACUCGCUGCUUGCUUAUGAAAAGCACACAACACAAGACAGUAGGCUGGCUGUGUAUGUAUCUAUUUGAGCGCUCGCUCGGUUCGCCGCCAUGAAUGUAGCUCUAGAUUCACCGUGUACAGCAUCGUCGUCGUAGCUCCUCUGUACCCUUGUGAUGGGAGUGAUGGUGUCCUUGUCGAAAACAUUGUACAGAAUGGAUGUAAGGACUGUGGUUGAUAGGGCUAACUAAUUUAAUUAGGUGCUUGAUUCGCUGUGAACUUGUGUUGCUUUUAUUCUCCCCCUGCUAUUGAUUUGUUAAUUUGCC